UUGUUUCACAGUUCGAGUCAAGCCGUUCUGUGGUCAAGCCAAGCGUGUGAAUGUACUUGAUCAUUUUAGUUGCAGCGAGUACAGCGAGGUAUGAUUGCGUCGAUUGUGCGUUUGGCAGCUGACCCCUGGAGCCGUCGGCAGCAUCCCGUUCCCAAGGUGUCUUGGUUGGACCGGCAUCCGAGGUUCACUCUGGUUGUGAUCGGCAUCGGAGGCACCUGUCUCAUGUUCAGCCGAUUCAUUUACGACUUCGUCAACUCCAUGCUCGAGUCGGACGAAGACUGGAACUGUCGAGCGCCGAAGGUCUGCUCUACUGGGGUCAUCGAGUUAUCAUACCCAGCAAGGCACGGGAGCCCAUGCUAUCAGAGUUACAUCGGUCACACCAGGGAGCAUCGGGGAGGAAAAGACUGGCUCGGACGUUGUUCUGGUAGCCAGGGCUGGAUGAUGGGAAACCAACCUUGGACUUCGUGAUGCUGAUGCAUCAGACACAUUGGCGCAAGGAUGGCGAGAAACCUAAGAGCUUGCAAGAAGCCCUUGAAGAGCAAGAAAAGAUUCGCGAGGAGCAGCGGAAAGAAAAGGAACGGCAGGCACAACUGGCGCUCCGCCUGUGACUGUUUUUUAGCACCCAAGUGGAUAGGGUCUUGUCAUGGCACAUUUCUGGCUCCACCAUUUGUGUGUUUGAGUACUCGCUCUUGUCUGAAGAGAGAAAAAGAAACAACACUUAAGUGCUCUCUCCUCAUAGCCUCCGCCUUAACCGUCUGGUAGCGUUUCGUUAAGCUCACGUCAGGCACUAAGGCACUAAUGGACAUUCAGGCACUAAGGCACUAAUGGACAUAGGCAAGUGUCAUAUAUGAACCUAUGCUGUUGGUAGUAUAACUCAUCUAUUAAGACUGUUCAUGUCGGGAAAAUGUCCCUCAGGAAAGAGUGUCUGUGCUUUUCCCGUCUUGAUCGUUUUGCUGAUGGAUGACAUUUAUUGAUCAAAGCCCGUAUUUCAUAUAUAAUAAAGCUCAUGGAGGUGCUUUUUUCGUACUGUAUUUGCACUACUUGGCAAACUAAAAUGGUAUUAAGGGUAGAUUUAAAACAAACACUCUGUGGAGAACGACUCUACGUUGAUGAAAGCAUAAGGAGUGGUCAAAGGAAUUAUAAAAAGAGUGCCAGACACCGUGCCUCUGGGGGGUUUUCGAGUGCUUGACAUGUUUUUUUUUCAUCAUUGUUUUUGCAUGUAGGUAUUUUUUGUAAUAUGUGUGACUAGAUUGGUCAAGUAUAUUAAUUUUUUGCUAUUUCCAUUAGCUUCGAUUGUAAAUUUUACCAUCCAAGAUGAAUUUGCAAUACACACUGAUAUGCACAAA